AUGUCUUUCUUUCUUCAGUCGAAAAGAAAUGAAGGAAAACAUUCCAGGAUUUUUCUCCAUAUAGUGGACUUCACUGGGGUUCAACGGGUUGAAGGUCCAAAUGUCAGUUUCAGUGCAGCUUCAAAGAGCUCUACAUGAUCCCAGACGAGGAAUAAGAGUUUUAUCUAGAGAAACCAUCGGCCAUUUUCUAAAAAAAAAAAAAAAAAAUUAUAUACUUUUUAAGCACAAAUGCUCGUCUUGCACUGCUCUGUGAUGCUCCACGCAUUACAUAAUCAUGUUGGAAAGGUCACGUGACGUAGGUGGAAGUACCGCAGUAGGGCGAAAAACUCAUUUUCUCCUCCAACUUCAAAUGUCAUGUUUUCCUCAAAAGCCUUCAUUUCUUUUCAACUGAAGAAAGAAAGACAGAUAAACAUCUUGGAUGACAUGGGGGUGAGUAAAUGAUCAGGAAAUUUGAAUUCUGAAGUGAACUAAUCCUUUAAAAAUAAAGCUUUCAAAAGUAGGUUCUUUUGCCAUAGAAGAACCAUUUCUGCUUUCAGUGCUGGAGCUUCUGCUUUCAACCUUUCAGUGAUCAGCUCUUAAAAGAACCACAUUUUUUAGCAUGAAGAACAUAUUAAUAAUCUAAAGAACCUUUUGUCCAGUGGAAAUAUUCCAUGGAUGUUAAAAGUUCUUCAUGGAAACAUCAAUGCCAAUAAAGGCCCCGAUAAACUCACGGCAAAGUUCAUUUUCAUUCUUCACUUUGGGGUAAAAAUAAGUUCAAUGUUUUUACUUGCGUCUGAACAGAAGAAACGAACCGGAGAAGGUUCACAUCUCAAAGAAGGCGGAGCCUCAGAGCCACACCCACCUAUGUAAUCCCACGGACCAAUGGGAGUUCAGAGGUGUUUACCAGCCAGAGCGAAUUUUUCCAGAAAGCGGUUUCAAACUCCAGAAACAAGUUUGGCUUGAUUUUGUUCGACAUCACAUCACACCAGUAGGUGUUUUCAGCUAACUUGUGUUAGAUUUGUGCUGCAUUUCGUUCACUGUGAAAAGUUGCAAUUUCUUAUUUCCUUCUCAGAAAAGUGCAGUAGAACUGACAAACUCGUGUGGAAAUGCCUCUGAUUUCAUACACUGUAAAAAACAAUCGUUGGUUUAACUUAAAGUAAGUUACCUGGUUGCCUUAAAAUUUUGAGUUCAUUGAAAUUAAAAAUUUGAGUUAAUACAACGAAAGCGAUGGAUUUAAUCAACAGAAACUCAAAAUAGUAUGUUAUCUGAACCACAAUUAAGUUGAUUUGACAAAAGAAAAAACAUAAAUAAUGAAAAUAGUUUUUUACAGUGUAGAGAUGUGGCUGAGAGCAAAUCAAAUGCAUGAAUGAGUCGACGUUCAGCAAACAUUUGCGCAGUAAAUGGUCUCCUCUGUUGAGUGUGUAUAGCAUUUUGCACAACUAGAGUGUAUAAAGAGCAAAUAUCUAAAUAUCUGAGAGAAAGCAGUGACAUUUUAUGUCAACAAAAAAUCCAAAGCACCUACAGCACCUUCAAGGAACGUAAUGUUCAAUGUGCAACGCUGCAAAUGUGUCAUUUAGCCAAAGAUAUGAAGAAGAAGAAGAAAGCCUUGGGUAUCAUUAACCCUCCCCAGAGUCUCUCCAGCCAUGGAAAAACACAAAGCGUUCCAGUCAAUAAUCACAUGCUGUAAUUGGCACAUGUAUUCAUAUCAUUCAGUCGGCGCUCUCAGAAGCCCUUAUUACAAUCAGCACAUUAAUACACAUCCACUUAUGAACAAUAAAGUGUGGUAAUGAGAUUCGUGUUGUCGUGGAAACUCCACAGCGCAGCAGUAUAAAGUGAGACCGGCGGCGGAGAGACGUUUGUCUGAGGAAAGAGUCCUAAACAUGCUGAAACUCUCCGACAGGUGCGACUCCAAGACGGACACCAGGAUCCUUCUGGACGCCAUCUCCAACGACAAGAUCCACCUGGCCAGGUUCAUCCUAGACGCUCUGGAUGGGAAGAUCAUCGACUCCGAGACCGAAGGGGCGCAGACGCCUCUCAUUUCUGCCGUGUUCCUCCGGGAUUCGCAGGCGAGGAGCAAGUUUGUGAAUCUUCUGCUGCAGAAGGGUGCGAGCGUGAAUCGUCCGGAUGAGAGCGGCCGUACGGCGCUGAGUUACGCCUGCGAGAUGGGAUACCUGGAUGCGGUGAAGAUCCUGGUGAGGAACGGCGCAGAUCCCGAGGCAGCGGAUGCCUGGGGGAAUACGGCGCUCAUGUACGCGGUCGUGGCCGGACGUCCAGCCGUCGUGGAGUUUCUGGUGCGAGCUUUUAAAAGACUGGGUCUCCAGAUCAACCGGCAAAACAAGGUGGGAAACUCUGCCGUGGAGGUGGCCAAGCAUCUCGGACACUCUGAGUGUCUGCAGGCGCUCGUGAGUCACUCCAAGAGGAUUCAUGAGGACACGCUGGCUGAAAGACUUUCCACCGUGAACAUCGAUGAAGAUGAGCUGAAGACCUCAGAGAGAAGAGGUCCACCUGAAGAUGAGACUCGACUUCACAUCAGUUUAACCCGUAAACGUUCCCUCGGUUUGCGGAACCGAAUCCAGUCGAUGGACUCUAUUGAGGAAUACGAGAGGGAAAGUGAUGCUUCACUGCCGCUAUCAUCACAGGGCCUCAUGUUCUCUGGUGUUUUAACAUCAAAACCUCCUCAGAAACUCUCACACGCAGAGCAUCUGCCUCCCUUGUUUUACUCACCCAGACCCUCCAAAACGCCCUGGAGAAGCUCCGCACCUCCUCCUCCUCCAUCAUCGGGUCCUCUUGGCAUUCUAUUAACUUCGUUCGGCAAAAGCGCCAGAGAAGAGCUUGAGAAGACUGAGAAAGCUAAGAAACUGCUGCCCGUCCGAAGGUUUGAUGACAGUUAUUAUCAGAAGAGAUGCAGUUUACCUACAAGCACUCUCGCACCGGCGGCCCCAGAGCGUAAUAAAAGCAAAACCGCGCCGAAGACCCCAGUGAAUGCUGGGAAGGUGGCGUACGCGUCCAGCUCUGUGAGCGCUCUUGGCGGCAGGCUGUUGAGGAGAUUCACUUUCCCAGAGCUCAGGAGGAGCAGAGAGGGUUGUGGCGCUCAGAGCGGAGCUUCAGAUCCGUGUAUCCCAAGGUCAGAGACGUUCCCCCUGGGGAAGAACCACCCUCAAGUAGGAAGCAAGCCGAGCAUCGACAGCAUUAGUGCGGUCAAGUGUGAGUUUGACUUUCAGAGUAAAGCUGCUCCAAAUGUCUGACCGAUCAUGAGCGGAUGAACACGCUGGAACUGCAUCUGUGAGGAGCACUGACCUAGUGCUGUGACAACAAAUAACACAAGGGUCUGGAAUAUAGAACGAUAUUAACUAGUUACAUGUUUUAGGACAUAAAUGUGACCCUGGUCCACAAAACCAGUCGUAAGUCACACGGGUAUAUUUGUAGCAAUAGCCAACAAACACUGUAUGGGACAAAAUGAUCGAUUUUUCUUUUAUGCCAAAAAUCAUUAGGAUAUUAAGUAAAGAUCGUGUUCCAUGAUCCUACCGAAAAUAUAUCAAAAAAAUGUAUUGCAUUAUGCAUUCCUAAGGACUUUAUUUGGACAACUUCAAAGGUGAUUUUCUCAAUAUUUAGAUUUUUUUUUUUUUUGCACCCUCAGAUUCCAGAUUUUCAGAGUUGUAUCUCGGUCAAAUAUUGUCCUGUCCUAACAAACCAUACAUCAGUGGAAAACUUUUUAUUCAGCUUUCAGAUGAUGUAUAAAUCUCAAUUUAAAAAAAUUGACCCUUAUGACUGGUUUUGUGGUCCAGGGUCACAAAUGAGUUGUGAACAUUUUGUCAUUUUCCACAUUUUUCUGCCGUUUCAGAAAGAUGCUCAUCUGUGAAACAGAUUAUAUGUUUCUCAUCUCUUCACCAGCACUUCUGUAAAGUCAUUUCAAUUUUUUAUUUUUAUGAUAUUACAUUUCAUUUUUAAAAUUUUUGCCAGUGUUUUGAAUACCAGUCGUUUAUGUUAGGGCAGACCGGGGCUAGUUGUCACAGUGGGUUUAUUUUUGAAAAUCAAUUUCUGUUUAGACACAAACCUUACAGUCUUAACUACAAAAAUAAAAUCUAUAUUUACAGUUAUUGGAGGGGGGGAAGGUUUUGCUCCGGUCAAUAAUGGUGUAGUGUGAUUUUUUUUCUUCAUUUAACACUCGUUGCCCAACAGCAGAGAAUGUUGUCACACUAUAUGGGGUAAGUUGUCACAAUAGAACCCAUCAUUAAACAGCCUCUGCAUUGAAAAAAAAAGCAAAAAAUAAUUCACAAAACUGUAAUUAACAGAAAACUCUCAAGAAAUUGUAAUUAAUAAAUUGCUUAAAAUUACGCACAACAAAUGACGUUUAUGAAUUUCU